ACAUAUUGUCUGUGGAGGAACAGAGGGAUACUGACCAACGUACAGAUCUACCAACAUGCUCAGCACUUCAAAGAAGAAAAUCUUCGUCACCACUCUCUUGGUGUUGGGAGGUCUUGUUGUGGUUGUCUAUCUUUGGUUCCCUGAAGAUUUAACCAACUACAAACACAUCCUCCUUCAAGGUAAUAUGAGAAAGGCUGUCAUCCAACCAAAGCCAGCAACCAGAAGUUCUUCUUAUAAAUACUCCUGGCCAAAAUGUCAGACAAAUCUAUCUGCUGCCAGCGUCCCCGGCUUCAACUCACUUCCUCGUCUUAUACAAGACUUUCUCUAUCAUCGCCACUGUCGACAUUUUCCCAUGAUACUGGAUAUUCCUGACAAAUGUGGAGGAGCUGAAGGAUCUGCAGAAAUCUUUCUUCUACUGGUCAUUAAAAGCUCUCCUGUGAACUACGACCGUCGAGAGGUGCUGCGUAAAACCUGGGCUAAAGAGAGAUUGCAGAAUGGUGUGUGGAUCCGAAGACUCUUCAUUGCAGGAACCAGGGGUGAUGGUUUUGAGAAGAUGAGACUCAACAAACUCCUCGAAUUUGAGCAACAUGAGUACAAUGACAUCCUCCAAUGGGACUUUGAUGACACAUUCUACAAUCUCACCUUGAAACAAGUCCUCUUCCUAGAAUGGAUGGACAGAAACUGUCCACAUGUUCGCUUCCUGAUGAACGGUGAUGAUGAUGUUCUUGCUCACACAGACAACAUGGUUUCUUAUCUAAAAAGCCUGAAGGACAAUGAUGGAAGCAAACAUCUCUUUACUGGCUUUCUGAUCGAGAAUAGAACGCCAUAUCGAUUUCCAGACAGUAAGUAUUAUGUUCCCGUUCAGGUGCAGGAGACAGACACAUACCCUCCUUACUUAGGUGGUGGAGGCUUCCUGUUGUCCGGCUACUCAGCUCUGGUCAUGUACAACAUGUCCCACUCCGUCAUGUUUCAUAACAUUGAUGAUGUCUUCAUAGCACUGUGUAUGGAGAAAGCAGGAGUGCGUCCUACAUCUCACAUAGGAGUGAAGAUAGCAGGGCAUCGCAGUCCCGGCAAUAUUGAUCCAUUAGAACCUUGUUAUUUCACAGAAAUUCUACUUGUUCACAGAUUCCUUCCUGCUGAAUUGUACAUUAUGUGGAACCGGCUACAUGAUCCUAAUCUGAAAUGCUUUCACAGUAACAAAUAGCAACCUACAGGUGAUGAAAAUGUUUACUAGCACUCAUUUUUGCCCAACAGCCUCUUUAUUAGGUACACUUCUACAAUCUAAUGCAAUCUGAUCCAAAAACAGCAAUUCUAUGGUUAGAUCCUGCUAAUGAUCAAAUCAGAACUUUUUUUUAGAGACGAAACAAAAAAAUCUAAAAAAUAUGUACAUCAAGUGGUGCUGAUCACUGGAUUUCUGUCAUUAACUUUAUUAAAAAUCUGAACGAUUUUUUUUUGCUUGAGCUGAUGUUUAACCUUCUUUGUAUCCAUUCAAAAUCUAUUCAGAAUAGCUACAUUUGUAACAUUUGUGAAACAUACCAAACAAAAGGAUUGAAUGUCAACUAUAAAGCUUUGUAUGUGGUAUUAACAUGUCACCUUGUCUGCAGUACUUUGAUCGGCUCUUGCCCCUCUUACUGUUUGUUGUAAAGAUUAGCUGAAGGCCUCUUGAUUGUUUUUUCUUGU